GUGCGAAGUGACAGUGACGGCGACUGGGAACGCUCCGCCGCUCGCAUCAACGGGGCCCUUCAACCGGCCGGCCUCUUCAGCCGCCGCCGGACGGAAGGCAGGAUCGCUCUGCCGUCGGCCCGAGGCUUUGCUCGUUUUCUCCCGGGGAGGCGGCGGGGCGGCGACUGGUCUCUCGGAGCCUGGCUGCAACCGGCUGGUUAAAAGGGGAACGACGGCUGGCUGGUUAAGAUGGCGGCCGCGGGGAGCGGGGAUGAAGAGCGCAGCCUGCGAGAGUGCGAGCAAUAUGUCCACAAACACAACAUCCAGCAGGUCCUCAAGGACUGCAUCGUGCAACUCUGUAUCGCCAGGCCCGAAAAACCCAUCACCUACCUCAGGGAAUACUUCGAGAAACUCGAGAAAGAGGAGGCCAAACAGAUGCACAAUCAGCAGAAAUCGGGUUCUCGAUCUGACUCGCGUGAGGAUGAAAUCUCUCCCCCUCCACCCAUGAAUCCAGUAAUGAAGGAGCGAGGACGCCGUGGGGCAAUUAGUGCUGAAGUUUACACAGAGGAAGAUGCUGCAUCAUAUGUAAGAAAGGUAAUUACUAAGGAUUACAAGACUAUGGCUGCCCUGGCUAAAGCCAUUGAAAAGAAUGUGCUAUUCUCUCAUUUGGAUGACAAUGAAAGAAGUGAUAUUUUUGAUGCAAUGUUUCCUGUCACAUACAUUGCUGGUGAAACAGUCAUACAACAAGGUGAUGAAGGAGAUAAUUUCUAUGUUAUUGAUCAAGGAGAAAUGGAUGUUUAUGUUAACAAUGAAUGGGUGACUAGCAUUGGAGAGGGUGGCAGUUUUGGAGAACUUGCAUUGAUUUAUGGAACCCCAAGAGCUGCAACUGUCAGAGCAAAGACCAAUGUGAAGCUAUGGGGUAUUGAUCGAGACAGCUAUAGGAGAAUCUUGAUGGGAAGCACGCUGAGAAAAAGAAAGAUGUAUGAAGAGUUCCUCAGUAAGGUCUCCAUAUUAGAGUCACUGGAUAAAUGGGAACGGUUGACUGUGGCUGAUGCAUUGGAACCGGUGCAGUUUGAAGAUGGACAGAAGAUUGUGGUUCAAGGAGAACCUGGAGAUGAAUUUUUCAUUAUUUUAGAGGGUACAGCAGCUGUGUUGCAACGCAGGUCGGAAAAUGAAGAGUUCAUAGAAGUUGGAAGAUUGGGGCCAUCAGAUUAUUUUGGUGAAAUAGCUCUUCUGAUGAACCGUCCUCGUGCUGCCACAGUGGUAGCACGUGGUCCAUUGAAGUGUGUGAAAUUGGACAGACCGCGAUUUGAACGUGUCCUGGGUCCUUGUUCAGAUAUACUUAAACGGAAUAUCCAGCAGUACAACAGCUUUGUAUCGCUGUCUGUCUGAAAUCCUCUUUUUCUCUGCUGCAGCCUCCGCCUGAGCAAACUGCCUCAUAUCUGUCUGAAGUGCCGCUUCCUGUGGCAGACCACCACAGCUUCCUGUCCAUCAGAGAAAGCAUUCCCUUUGUAGAAUUUAAUGCCACAUUUGUUUUCUUUUUCACACUGCACCAGCUUCCAACAGUCAAUCGAGCUUUAUUGUAUUUUUAUUUUGCUUGGUGUAGAACUCCAAAAAUUUUUGUUUAUUGAAAUUAAAACUCUGCUGUUUUAACUAAAUAGUGUGAUUAAUACCCAGGUGAUCAACUUUGGUUAUGAGCAGAGGAUCUUUGAACCCUUUAGCUUGCUCUGUUUCAAAAUGUUGUAGUGCAUUCAUGUCUUGAAUCCUGUGAACGUGUGGAAAUUAAACAUCUUGGGUUUAGGCUUGGGUGAGCAGCUUUAAAUUUGAAUUCUUUUUAAACCCUUGGUGUGCAAAUUACCACAAAACAAGCCUCAUGGAUAGGACUGAUAAAGUUUAAAUAUGCAUUCGGAAAGCAGCAUUUUCUGUUUGCACCUGGCAUUUCCUUGAGGGAGGAAAAUGACUAAAUUCACAUCUUUUGGACUUGAAGACAACAGACAUUUUAAUGUUUUGAAAAUAAUUUGAAAAGCUAUUUAGUCUGCAUUUUUUUUUUAUAAUUUUACGCUUUGUUUAGUCCUUGCAGUUUUGUGAAAUAUACUCCAUUCGCACAUGAGGUUAAACUUAGACCAUUAAAAAAAAUCCCUCUUAAUUUUGAUCCCAUAUAGUAUGUGUAGUGCGUGAAUCAGCCAGAUAGUUGCAUGAGAAAGAUUAGUUAUAUACACUAUUUAUGAUUUAUGCAUAUCACAUUAUAAUACAAAUAAUCAAGCAUCAUUAAAAUUUGCUGAUGUUCUAGUCUGAAGGGUUUAGUUCACAGGUUGGCAUUUUUCUGUAUUGAUCUAACCUUGUGGUUGCAGGAUCUGCUGAAUCGCAGUCAUAGAGAUUUGAACACAUGAUAUUUUAUGCAAAAAGCAAAUUCUAAACUCAUAUCAGAAUAUUUUAUUGUGAACUAGGAAUUAGUGGAGCUUAUUUUUUUUAUUAGUCUCCCUCCUGUAAUUUUAGACGUAAUUUGUAACCAGAAAGUUCCAAGUUCUGGAUGUGCUGAUUGAGUUUGUUUUUGGGUACUUUGUCCAACUGAUGGUGAGAUGCAGUCACGUCAUCUCCAGUAACAAAGAGUAAAACGGUCAUUCUUCCUGUGAGCUGUGUUUUCUAGAGGCCAGUUGUGGAAUGAUAUUGGAUUAAGCUGAGGAAAAUUCUACAGCCUAAAUUGAGUACAGAUCUAUGGUAUUGAAAGCUGUAGGGAGGAAUAAAAAGAACCAGAUAUUUUAGUUUUUUUCUACUCUAGACGGCAAAUAGAAUAACUUGGUUCCAAAGAUGUGUUUAAAUUCAAGGACAUUAGGUGAAAUACACGAAUUAUGCCCUUUCUGUUAAUGUGGGAUAGUUUAUUUUGAAUGUCUGCUACUAUUUUCUGAUAAGAUUGGAAAAUCAGUUUCAGUUAUUGAUCAGUGAUAGUUGUAGGGCAUACAAAGAAUCCAUAUCUACAAAAAGAUAUUGUCUUGACACAAUACUAUUUUUGCGAAAUACCCUUUUUUUUCUCUCCCAAAUCAUUUACACAAGUAAUCCCAAUGGUGAAGCUGAGUUAUAGUUACAACAUUAAAGUAACGUAUAGAUUUAUUUCCUAGCCAUGUGUUAUAAGCUUUCAAUCUGUUGCUGAGACAGAGCUAGAGAAAGGGUUGCAAAAUAAAACCUUGUCUAUGAACCAUAUAUAAUUUCAUUCCAAGGACAAAUAUGUAAACAUUCCUUUUAGUAACAAACCGGCGCCAUCACUGUACUGAUGCAGAUACUCCAUGCACUAGUACUUGACCAGCACAUGACUGUGGGGUGGAGGGGGGGGGGAACUGGCAUCACUAAAUCUUCUGCAAUCCUGGCCCAGCUUGUAAUAUGUGUUGUUUCUUGGUUCUCUAAUAGCAUUGGACAUGAAUAGGUAUUAACUAACUACCCUGCAUUAGGCUAGAUGAUACAAUAUGAUGGCUAUUUAAAUAGCUGAUAAUUAAGUUGGUGCAGUGCUGUUGAGCCCCUAUUAUUUUGCAAUUAAUCAUAGUUGCACUUUCCUACAGCUCUCAGUAGCUGGCGCUGCUGUUCCAUUGUUGGCAUACAUCAGAGCUCAGCCAGUAUUAUGCAAAUGUAUACCCAGACACUGUAGUAAAGACAGAAACCAAAAAAAAAACUGGAAAAUCCCAA